UUCCCAGCUUUUUAGAUAGGAGUCUGAAAAGUACCGUGUACGCUUAGACUUAUGAUCUUAGUCCAUAUAUGUUAUAUCUGAAUACCUAUCGCCCCAGAUCGCUGCUCAUGUCCAAUUCCUAUGCUUAAGACCGACGUCGAAAACAUUUUCUUGCCUCGGCCAGCUGAAAUAGAGCGUUUCUCAUGGCCUCCGCCCGAAGCCGACGCAUCCUUGCCAGAUGCGAAAUCAUCUGGGGCAAAGGCGACUAUGACAUCGACCUUGAAACCGACGACUGGUCAACGUCCUGGGCAGUUGUCAAGCAGGACUUUGGCGAUGAGUUUGGACCGCCUUUGACCAUGACUGCGCCGCGUGGCUCCGAGAAUGGGGCAAUGAGAGAGUUGGCAACUUGGACCGGAUGCUAGGCAUAUGGGCGCAGCAAGUACAGAGCGGACACCCAAUGACAGAUGCUCAGAGCCUGGAGAUCUUUUGUGGACCUCGCAGAGACAACGAAUGGACCUUGAAGCAGUUUAUUGCUAAGCUGAACGAAAAAGAGAAGGACAAUGAGGCGUCACAGGCCUGAGACAGAAGUUUCCCUCUUCCUCUCUGCCGCUCCUAAAGAGAUAAGAAGUUGCAACGCGUUAGAUUCGAACAUGCAGACAAAGCAUUCAUUACUCCUCAUUUUGCAAGGUGUCCAUUCACGUCUCAAAUCGAAUGUCUAAUAGAGCGACGACAUUAUAUCUCUUGCAAUCCACGUCCCCAUGGUGGAUCGG